AUGAGUGACAAUUCUACUUUGGCCCCUCCAACUUCAAACCAAGGUCCCACCACCCCACGCAAAGGACCCCCCAAGUUCAAGCAGAGGCAGACACGUCAGUUCAAGAGCAAGCCUCCUAAGAAAGGUGUGAAAGGGUUUGGAGAUGACAUUCCGGGCAUGGAGGGACUAGGAACAGAUAUCACGGUAAUUUGUCCUUGGGAGGCAUUCAGCCACUUGGAGUUGCACGAGCUCGCUUAGUUUGGGAUCAUCUGAGGCACCAGAGGUUCUGCCACUCUCAACAGCAUCUGCUGUAACUUUGGUUACUUCUGCCCUAUUGACCUGCCAGAGUCUUGACAUACAGCUGUCGGAAAUGGUUUCUUUGGCUUACGCAGUCAUUUCCCUUAAGUUACUACUAAGAGUUCUCUUAGUGUCAGACUCUCUCAUGCAGUAUAGUUUAGCUCAGAACAGCGGGUGAAAUCAACUUUUGAUAGGGCCUUUCAAACAUUACCACUUUUUCCUAUCAGCUGGUUAGAAGUCA